GUUUGUAUCGAAUGUUUGAUGACGAUGACUGUGACCAUAUUAAUCUUUUUUUGUGUUGUUAGUUGUGACAUCUCAAAUUUAUUUUGUUUGUAUUGAAUGUUAGAUGACGAUGACCGUGACCAUAUUAAAAAAAAAUUUGUUGUUAGUUGUGACAUCUCAAAUUGAUUUUGUUUGUAUCGAGUGUUAGAUGGCAAUGACCGUGACCAUUCUGACAUCGCCAUGAAGGAGGCCAUGCUUUCUUUUGCUCUUCGACAUAAAGAGCCAGCCGCAUUGCUCAUCGCCACCUCCGACCAAGAUUAUGUAACCUUGAUGAAAUUGGUUAUGGAGAGUGGAAUACAAUUGAUGCACGUCUACGUAGAUUCAAGCACUGACAAGCUCAUUGAAACCACUGACGAACCAAUGAAAUGGCACGAGUUGGUUAACGGCGACCUCCUUCCUGAGAACUUCUCAGCCAGCAACUUUGACGUUCCACUGUCAGUUCCCUCUCCUACUCAUCAGGAUCGUCCUCUUACUCAAGCAAACGACCCUCGGAGAGUUACGGCCUAUUAUGAUGUAGGUUCGUGUUCCGUUCCACCGUCUAAUUCAUUCUUGAAUCUAAGGAAUAACAUCGACGGCUUACUGCCCCUUGUUGGUUUUGGGAACUCCUCGCCCAGGGUCCAAAAGGUAUGGCUUACCUCAAGUAUCUGGCUGAGAAGGAGAGAAAGGAUAAAGAGGAGAUAAGAAAGCAUUUUGAGGAAACGGGUGAACGAUGUCCCAAGCAUAUUGUUUGGAAAGAAAAGAGGAGGAAUAUUAAAUAUUUUGAUUCUAUUUUUACUGUUUUUUUCUUUGUAAUCAUUAUCUUAUAUGUGAUACAAAGAUUUAAAGUAA